AUGGGGCCAGCCACCCUCCUCCUGGGGCUGCUGCUGCUCCUGGAGACCACCCAGAUCCUUGCCUAUCCUCGACAGAACACGCUGGAAGGACAGCCAUGGCCGGAGGCCCUGAAGGAGUCUCCCUUCCCAUGUGACCCAAGGAAGCUGGGCUGGAACCUACCCUCCCAGUCAGUUCACGCUCUGAGGCCUUCUGACAUUAAAGUUGUGGCGGCCAUCGGUGAUCUGGAGCCCCCUCCAGUCUUGGGGAUGGGCAACCCGGAGAAGCAGGAAUGGACUGAAGACAGGCCACAGCCGGCAUGCGCGGGAGCUGUGACAGUCCUUGCAGACAUCAUCAGACACUUCAAUCCUUCUGUUCUGCCGCCCAUUUGCCCUCCCGGGAAGAGGGCUGGACCCCACGCCAGGGUGGACGACUUGCAGGCCCAGGCUCGGGAGCUGGCCAGGAGCAUGAAGGAGAACCCGCAACUUGACUUUCACCUAGACUGGAAGCUCAUCAAUGUGUUCUUCAGUAACGCCAGCCAGUGUUACCCGUGUCCCUUGGCCCAACAGAGUGGAUUGCCCAUACCUGGCGUGGACAGGCUGGCGGGCGUGCUGGACUUCCUGCAACGGGAGGUCCCCAGGGCCUUUGUGAACCUGGUGGACCUCUCCGAGGUGGCAGAAGGCUCCCGCUGGCAUCAGGGUACUCAGCCCAGCCCCGCACUGGAGCCCUGCAGCUGCUCGGGGGACACCUCCAGGCUGGCCAGGGUGGUGAUGCAGUGGUCCUACCAGGAAGCCUGGGAGCGCCUCCUGGCUGCCAGCACCCACAACGCCCAGGAGGCCUUCGCUGUGGUCUUCCAGCCUUUCUUCUACGAGUCCUCCCCGUCACCAGCCUCGGGGGAGCCCCUGCUCUGGGAUCCCUCCAUGCUGGCCUGGAGCCUCUGGAACAGGAUGAUGGAGCCCGCAGGACAGAAAGAACCCUUCAGUGCAGAGAAGGGGAGGCCAGUGAAGUGUCCCUCUCAGGAGAGCCCCUACCUCUUCACCUACCGGAACAGCAACUACCUGCCCAGACAGCCAGGGCCCCACGGGAAGCCCGAGGUGAGAGAAGGAACAGAAAUCAGAUGUCCUGACCAGGACCCCUCCGACACGACCCCCACCUCAGUUCACAGGCUGAAGCCGGCUGACAUCAACGUGAUCGGAGCCCUGGGCGACUCACUCACCGCAGGCAACGGGGCCGGGUCCACUCCUGGGAACAUCUUGGACGUCUUGACUCAGUACCGAGGCCUGUCCUGGAGCGUCGGCGGCGACAGCAACCUCAGCACAGUCACCACCCUGGCCAAUAUUCUCCGGGAGUUCAACCCUUCCCUGCAGGGCUUCUCUGUGGGCACCGGGAAGCAGAACAGUCCAGGAGCCUUCCUAAACCAGGCUGUGGCGGGAUCCCUAGCUGAGGACUUGCCUGACCAAGCCAGGAGACUGGUGGACCUGAUGAAGAAUGACACGAGGAUUCGUUUUCAGGAAGAUUGGAAGCUGAUCACCCUGUUCAUAGGUGGCAACGACCUCUGUGACUUCUGCAAUGACCCGGCCCGCUAUUCUCCCCAGAACUUCACCGCCAACAUUGGGAGGGCCCUGGACAUCCUGCAUGCCGAGGUUCCCCGGGUGUUCGUGAACCUGGUGAAGGUCCUGGAGAUUGUCAGCCUGAGGGAGCUGUACAAGGACAACAGAGUUAGCUGCCCACGGCUGAUCCUCAGGUCUCUGUGUCCCUGCGUCCUGAAGUUUGCUGAUAACUCAACAGAACUCACCACCCUCAUCGAGGUGAACCAGAAGUACCAGGAGGGGACCCACGAGCUGGUUGAGAGUGGACGCUACGACACGCGGGAGGACUUCACGGUGGUCGUGCAGCCAUUCUUUGAGGAAGUAGACAUGCCAAGGACCCCGGAUGGCCUGCCCGAUAACUCGUUCUUCGCGCCUGACUGCUUCCACUUCAGCCAGAAGGCCCACGGCCAUGCUGCCAGUGCCCUCUGGAGGAACAUGCUGGAACCUGUGGGCCAGAAGACCAGGUGGCACAAUUUUGAGAAUGAAAUCAACAUUACGUGUCCUGACCAGGCCCAGCCGUUUCUGAGCACCUACAAGAACAGCGUGCAGGACCAUGGGACUUGGCUGCCGUGCAGGAACAGAGCCCCUUCCACCUCUCCCCCCACCUCAGUGCAUGCCCUGAGGCCCGCGGAUGUCCGGGUGGUGGCCGCUCUGGGGGACUCUCUCACCGCUGGCAAUGGAAUUGGCUCCAGACCUGACGACCUCCCCGACAUGGCCACGCAGUACCGAGGACUGUCGUUCAGUGCAGGCGGAGACGGCUCGCUGGAGAAUGUGACCACCCUACCUAAUAUCCUUCGAGAAUUUAACACAAACCUCACAGGCUACUCGGUGGGCACAGGUGACGCCAAUGAUACGAAUGCGUUCCUCAAUCAAGCUGUCCCGGGUGCCAAGGCUGAGGACCUUCUGAGCCAAGUCCAGAUCCUGGUGCAGAGGAUGAAGAAUGACCACGAAGUGGACUUCCACGCGGACUGGAAGGUCAUCACCAUGCUGAUCGGAGGCAGUGAUCUGUGUGACUACUGCACGGAUUCGAAUCUCUACUCCGCAGCCAGCUUCUCAGAGCAUCUCCAGCAGGCCCUGGACCUCCUGCACAGAGAGGUGCCCCGAGCCCUGGUCAGCCUUGUGGACUUCAUGGACCCCAGCAUCCUGCGGCAGGCGUUCCUGGGAGACCCAGACAGGUGCCCGAGGCAGCAGGCCAGCGUCCUGUGUAACUGCGUUCUGACCCCACGGGAGAACUCCCUGGAGCUGGCCCGGCUUAAGGCAUUCGCCCGAGCUUACCAGAGCAGUGUGCGCCAGCUGGUGGAGUCAGGCCGCUAUGACACACGGGAGGACUUCUCGGUGGUGCUGCAGCCCUUCUUCCAGAACACCCGGCUCCCUGUCCUGGAGGAUGGACGCCCAGACAUGUCCUUCUUCGCCCCAGACUGUGUCCACCCAAGUCAGAAGUUCCACUCCCAGCUCUCCAGAGCCCUCUGGGUCAACAUGCUGGAGCCACUUGGAGGCAAAACAGACACCCUGGACCUGGCAGCUGAGCUCUCUCUGAUCUGCCCCACUCAG